AAGAAUAAAUAAAAUAUGAUAAGAAAAAGAGAGAAAUAAAAAAUACGGAGAAUAAAAUGAUUGGUUUAUUGAUUGAUUGAUCCAACCCGGAAAGAGAAUGAAGAUUGGGAACAGAUCUGAUCUGAAUUUGAGCUGAAUCCGUGCAAAAGCAAUUAGUAGUAACCUUUCUCAAAUCUCAUAAUUACUUAUUAUUUUAGAUAUAGAUGGGCGAAGAAGUAAGUGAUGAUGAUAUUAAUAAUAAUAAUAAAUCGAAUCCAAAACUGACGAUUUUCCCUCUUAUAGCUCUAAUCUUCUACGAAGUUUCUGGUGGUCCUUUCGGCGUUGAAGAUUCCGUCAGAGCCGGUGGUGGUCCUCUUUUAUCUCUUAUUGGUUUCUUCUUUUUCCCUCUUAUUUGGAGCAUUCCUGAAGCUCUCAUCACCGCCGAACUUGCCACCACUUUCCCUCACAAUGGUGGCUACGUUCUUUGGAUUUCCUCUGCUUUUGGUCCCUUUUGGGGUUUUCAAGAAGGCUUUUGGAAAUGGUUCAGCGGUGUCAUGGACAAUGCUCUUUACCCUGUUCUCUUCCUCGAUUACUUGAAACGUUCUUUUCCUAUCUUUAACCUAAUCAUAGCUCGUAUCCCUGCUCUUUUAACCAUUACCUUUUCACUUACUUACUUGAAUUAUAGAGGCCUUCACAUCGUUGGUUUCUCUACUGUUCUUCUUGCUCUUUUCUCCCUUUCACCCUUUCUCAUCAUGGCUCUUCUUUCUAUCCCAAAACUCAGUCCAAGGCGAUGGCUUGUUGUUGAUUUUCACAAAGUGGAUUGGCGUGGUUUCUUUAAUAACAUGUUCUGGAAUUUGAAUUAUUGGGAUAAGGCUAGUACACUUGCUGGUGAGGUUGAAAAUCCAAGUCAAACAUUCCCGAAAGCACUUUUUGGAGGACUUGUUUUGGUGGUCUCUUCUUAUUUGAUUCCACUACUUGCCGGAACUGGCGCUUUGAGUUCCUCUCCAAGUGAAUGGUCUGAUGGUUAUUUUGCAGAAGUGGGGAUGUUGAUUGGUGGGUUUUGGCUUAAACUUUGGAUUCAAGCUGCUGCUGCAAUGUCUAACCUUGGAUUGUUUGAAGCAGAAAUGAGCAGUGAUGCUUUUCAACUUCUUGGGAUGAGCAACAUGGGAUUGCUUCCAGCUAUAUUCUCCUCAAGGUCUAAGUAUGGGACGCCCACUGUUAGUAUUUUGUUCUCAGCCACUGGAGUUAUCUUAUUGUCAUGGAUGAGCUUUCAGGAUAUACUAGAGUUCCUAAAUUUCUUAUAUGCUAUAGGAAUGCUUCUUGAGUUUGCUGCUUUUAUAACUUUGAGACUGAAGAAGCCAAAUCUUUGUAGACCUUACAGAGUUCCGUUGCAAACAUUUUGGGCAGUCAUGCUUUGUGUGCCUCCUUCUUUGUUACUUAUUCUUGUUAUGUGUCUGGCUUCUUUGAGAACGUUCUUUGUGAGUGGAGCAGUAGUAAUCGUGGGAUUUAUCUUGUACCCUAUCUUGGUUCAAGCCAAGAAUAAAAAUUGGUUACUAUUUGAAACUGAACAACUUUCAUCACCUUCCGAUGGUCGGCAGGAAUGCCAUCCAAUUGUUUCAGAACUGGUUGACCUAGAAAACAAGGAUGCUGAGCUUCUUGUGAGCUCACCGUUGCCUAUUGUGGAAGAAGAAUUGUCUUUAUUACUAAGUGAUUCCAAGCCAAACUAGCAGUAUCUUGUCUUGACAUAUUUUUCGUCUGACAAUUCAUGUGAUAUUGUUGAAUAUUUUGGUCUUCUUGGGCAUUGUUCAGGUAGCAAGUUAUGGAUAUGGUUUUCUAUUACUCAGAAACUCAUUGAUGAUAACAGUACACAGUAACGCAGGUAAAACAAAUAUUCAAAGAGCAGAGACGGGGUUGUGGGAUGGCUGAAUAGUGAACAGUAUAACAUCAAAUCUUGUGUGUUGUAACCUUGCUUAUUAUAUUUUGCAUUUGUUAUUACCAUCAAUUAUACAAAGAAUUGUAGUUAAUUUUGCUCGUUGAAAAUACUUGGUGUAUGUUUGGAUAAUAUAGAAUUGUAGUGGCACGGUAGGUUACAAGUAGAAGCUACCCUAUGGAAAGAUUAGUGAAUGCACAAUGGAAGCGCCGAACUUGGAUGAGGUUAGGUGUGAUUCAGAAUUGCAUACAAGAAAUACUAUUUCCACUAGUGUGAUCCUAUGGUCCUAUCACAACUGAUGAUGUUUAAGCUAACAAGGGAGAUGUUUGUUUCCUUGCAAGGUUCAGAGGAUAGAAGGUCGCAUUAGCUUAAGUUUGCAGCUAAUAACCCUUUGCCAUUUAUGAAUAUGUAACUCAUCUAGUUAGGAGUUGCUUUGUAUUCCGUGUUUAGGUUUUUAUUAGAACAUGUUUUAUAACUAUAGCUAUUCUAGUUUUAGUUGAAGUUUUAAUUUACAAAGCCUUUAAUCCAUGGGAAAAUGUAGCUCUUAGAUAGCAAUGUGUUAUUACUACACCAUGUUAUUUCCUAAGUGCUUCUUACUUUUUAGAUAGCAACCUGUUACUAUAGUAACUUGUUAAAUUUCUUACUUCUUUUUUCUCAUGGGAACUGGUUGUAUAUCAACCUGAUCUCUUUUAUUACUUUAUUAAAAUAAAGAUACAUUGUUUGUUACUUAUUA